UAUUGUUGGAAUCAGUUAAUGAAAACUUGUUAUCAAAUUGAGCCAUUCAAACACCAAGGAUUCCGUUCAAAAUGAGAAAUAUGGCGUGUCCGUCUUGACGUCGAAAGAGACGUCACGCGUCUACCACGUAGUCACUGCUGUCUGUUCGUGUUCUUCUCCAAAGUUUAGUCAAUGCUAGCACUCUUUGUGUGAGAACUUCUUGUGGAAAGGACGCUUUGAAAAGAGCUCCAAGAGUAUACGUCUUGACUUAUAGUAAUAUGAGUAAUGCACCCUACCAAAAUGGAUCAGGUCUAGAGCAGCAAUUUGCUGGUCUGGACUUGCAGGAGAAACCGAGGGAGACCUAUCGUCCUCCUCACCUGCGCAACAAACCUGCUGUCAGUGACUCUAGCGGGGAUCACAGGUCGGAUUAUUACGACAGUAGGGACCGAGAUCGGGAUAGGGACCGAGAUCGCAAUCGAGGUGGUGGCUACCGCAGCGGCGGGGGAGGUCGCAGCGACGGUUACAGCGACCGCGGAGGAGACCGCGGCGGUGACCGCGGCGGCGAUCGCAACCGCGGAGGCCGCUAUGAGAACGGCGGCGAUGACCGCGGCUGGGGCGGCGACCGCGACCGCGACUCCGGUCGUCGCGGCGAUGACUGGGGCAGCCGCGGGGGCGGCGGACGUGGGGGCGGCAGCUGGGCUGAGCGCGGCGGCGGGGGCCGCGAACAGGAGCCGCCCCGAGGCAACGAUCGCUGGCAGGAGCCGCCCUCCAUGGGCUACCGCGAUCGGGACGGUGGCGGCCGCGGGGACAGGGACCGCGACGACAGGGACCGUCGUGGAGGAGGACGCGGCGAGAUCGACUGGACACAGCCGACGCCGCGCGACGAGCGCCUGGAGAACGAGCUGUUCGGCUCAAGCAACACGGGGAUCAACUUUAAUAAGUACGAAGACAUUCCCGUGGAGGCGACGGGCGACAACUGCCCGAACCAUAUCAACUCUUUUGAAGAGGUCAAGAUGACUGACAUCAUCAAGACCAACAUAGCUUUGGCCCGCUAUGACAGCCCCACACCUGUACAGAAGUACGCUAUUCCCAUCAUCAUUGGCCAGCGUGACUUGAUGGCUUGCGCCCAAACUGGUUCAGGAAAAACUGCUGCUUUCCUUGUCCCCGUGCUUAACCAAAUGUAUGAGCGUGGUCCUCAGCAGCCUCCCAAUGCUAGGAACUACGGGCGUCGCAAGCAGUUCCCAAUGGGCUUGGUGUUGGCUCCUACCAGAGAGUUGGCCACACAGAUCUAUGAUGAAGCCCGCAAGUUCUCCUACCGUUCCCGCAUGCGCCCCUGUGUUGUGUAUGGAGGUGCCAAUGUUGGUGAACAAAUGAGGGAGUUGGACCGAGGCUGCCACCUCUUAGUUGCUACUCCUGGUCGCUUGUGUGACAUGCUUGAAAGAGGCAAAAUUGGCCUUGAGAACUGCAGAUUCCUUGUAUUGGAUGAAGCUGACCGUAUGUUGGACAUGGGUUUUGAGCCCCAGAUCCGACGCAUUGUGCAGAAGAACAACAUGCCAAAUGUUGGAGAGCGUCAAACUCUUAUGUUCUCAGCCACUUUCCCCAAAGAGAUUCAGAUGCUUGCUAGGGACUUCCUGGAUAACUACAUUUUCUUGGCUGUUGGUCGUGUGGGAUCAACAUCUGAGAACAUUACCCAGCGCAUUGUGUGGGUUGAGGAGUACGACAAGCGUGAAUUCCUCCUCGACUUGCUAAACUCCUGGAGAAAUGAGCCCAACUGCGAAGAGUCUUUGACUUUGGUCUUCGUAGAAACCAAAAAGGGUGCUGACUCCUUAGAAGAAUUCCUCCACAAUGACGGCUAUCCAGUGACCUCCAUUCACGGAGACCGUUCUCAAGGUGAACGAGAGGAUGCUCUGCGCAGCUUCCGUUCUGGGAGAACCCCUAUCUUGGUUGCCACUGCUGUGGCUGCUCGUGGUCUCGACAUUCCUCAUGUGAAGCACGUUAUUAACUUCGACCUCCCCUCCGAUGUCGAGGAGUACGUUCACCGCAUCGGUCGUACCGGCCGUAUGGGUAACACCGGCAAAGCCACUUCCUUCUUCAAUGACAAGAACCGCUCUCUGGUGCGAGACCUGGUGGAGCUGUUGGUGGAGACCAAACAGGACCUGCCAGAGUGGCUCGACAACAUGGCCACUGAUCCUCGCCAGCCUUCUGGCGGGCGACGUGGAGGCGGCGGCAAGGGACGGUUCGGAGGCGGCGGUUUCGGUGCCAGGGAUUACCGUACUCAACCCGGCGGCGGCGGCGCUGGAGGCGGCAGGCCGGGCGGCGGCCGCAGCUACGGCGGUGGUGGCGGUGGCUACGGAAACUACGGUGGUGGAUAUGGUGGCGGCGGCGGCGGCUAUGGUGGCUCUUACUCCUCUGCUGGCGGUGGCGGCGGUGGCGCCUCCGACUGGUGGGACUAAACUCUCCCGACUCUUCACUUCAAACCUUUUAGAUUACUCAGUACCUCGACCAGUUUAAAUAAUUAUGCUUGAACUGUGUGCGUACAGUAUGGGUAAAAUUUGUUGUUUCUCAUUGGAAGAAGAGAUUUUUCAUGACUUAUUGAAAUCCUUUAGGAUGACAGCUUGCUCUGGGGUUAUUGUUUUGGCACAUAUCAUGCAUUACAGUAUUUGGUCAUUGAAUUAAAUGUUUUAAUUUGUGGAACUGGUUUUGAGCAAAUGAUUUUGAGUGGUCAGACCAGAUCCUAUUCUGGAGUUUCCCUUGAUUUUUGAGCAAGGGUUAUUAUAAACUCUAUCUAGAUACAAGUCUGUCUGUAGACAGCCCCCACCCCAUUUUUUGUUAUAUGUCUGUUUUAUAUAUACUGAAGUUGCCAAACCUUCCUUCAAGCAAGGUGUAUUUCUCUUGACAUGUCAAAUAUAAAUUCAAUGUUAUAUGUUAGUAAAGAAAACACUGCACUAUUUACAGUUCUUCAUGUAUAAAAUUUUGUUUGUUGGAUAAAAAGAAAAUAUUUGUACUAAAGCUGUUUUCCUGUGCUUAAGCUGAUUGUUUGAUAACAUUUAGUGUAUAGGCUGCUUUUUCUUUUAAAGUAAUCAUGAAAGUGGGGGUCAGUUUCAGGUUGUGCCCUGGCUGUAGGAAGUAAAAGAUAUCCUCAAUAUAUACUUUAUUAGGUAAUAAUUGUAUUGUCUCACCGCAUUAAGGCAGGAUAUUUGGUCGCUUAAUACAAGAUCAAUUGAGUGCAAAAGACAAAAGACAGGAAAUUGACUUCUAAUUGUUGCACAACAUGUCAUGUGUAGUUAAGUUUUAGAGCAGUUUGUUUGUUCCACUCAUGUUAUGUGUCGAAUUUUUCUUUACUGGUUCCCACCAAAGAAGCUUUUUUUCUUUUUUUUUUUUACUUAAGUAGCUUAUUCUAGAUGUUUCCUUCGUGUCUAGGUCAGUGCUGGUUGCUUUACCUGGGGACCUAGUGCAUGAUUUAUUUUUCUUUGUGUGCGUAGUUCUGGCCUGUUUUAGGGCUUCUUCAACCAACUUUUUUAAGAAAAUUAAAUACUCUUGUUUUUAUAUUUCAUACUGUUUAUCAAGCAAAACCACUUGAACAAUGUUGGUCUAAUGUGCAGUGGCUCGCCCACCUCUGACAAAUUCCAUUGCCCACAAAGCAGGCUGGAGCUGUCUUCCGAAUAUGUUUGUGAGCAGCCUUCUUUCUCUAACUCUUAGAGAGAGAGCUUUCCUGCAGCGCUUUUGUGUCUAUGUCCAGCUCCCAUAUAGAGAUGGGAACCCCUUUGAGACAUCAAGUGUGUUUUAUAGAUUCUACCUUGUAGACUUCAUUUUGUAUUUAUUCUCCACUUAGGAGCAUGGUUAAGGUUUCAUAUGUACAGUAUUGUACAAAGUCUACAUUGAUAUCAUAAUAAUUCAUUUCUUAAAUGCUGUUCAUUUCAUAGAAUGAAGAUCUUUGUACCAGAUGUAAUGCAUUGCUAUCUCGUAUUAUUUGUUGGUACAGAGUUAUUGUGGUAUGUGAACAAACAUUCGGAGAAAAGCAUGCAUUCCAGUCAACCUAUUAAACACCCCUCACUGACAUGAAUGAUAAAAAUUUUAAUAAUUUGUUUUUGUGCUGCACUUGUAUGUUUGUUGUCUUCUGCAUAGGAUCAAGUACAUUUCUGUGUGAGUGUGUGUGAGACUACUUGAUUUAGACUUUGCUAUAUGUGAUGUAGUCUGGUGUUGGACCAUACAUCCCAGCUGACAGGCUGAUGAAAUGGGCAUGCGAAAGUUUUGUGCCCCAAAGCAUUUUGCUGUCCCUGUGCAGAGUGUAAACACAAAAUGACUUUUAUUCACUUAACAUCAGUGGCCAUUCGAGUGGAAUACCUACUCAAGAAUUUGGAAGAGCUACUUGUUGUUGUUUUGUAGGCUCUUUGUGCUGUGGCUGGUGUGGCAGUAUUUUUUGAGCCUUAUAGUUGUGUAUGUGCUACUGUCCUUGAUGGAUGUAGUGAUGAAGUGAUUGUCGAGGCCUGAGAGGCCAGAGCCUACUUACUGCGGACUCUGGAACUGUGGCUCAAAGAAUAGUGCUUACUGUGUCAGUCGGAGGGAGACUGAAUUGCAGUUCAUGGACACAGAGAAGACAGUGAACCACACUCUUCUCCGUACUGUAUUAUUCUCCGUGAAGAUGAAGCUAGUCUUGUCGGAAGCUCCGGAGAGAUUAUUUUUCUCCUCAAUCUUCGUUGUUGAUUUGUAAGAAUUCUUUUAAUGAUUUGGAUUAAACCAAGGAGAACAAAUGUAUAGAAAUUAGGAAGCAACUGUGAUAGUGAAGUGAUCUGUUGUUUUAUAUAUUUUUUUUCUUUCAUAAGUCCAUUUAAUUUAGUACCAGUGACCCUGGUACACUUUAAACAAGCGAGCCUAAUUAACAGAAUCAUUGAACUGCAAUCGUACAGAUAUAUAAAACAAACGAUCCAGAGCCCUCACUUUGAAUUUAUUAAAGCACUUAAGAUUUUAUUUGAUCAGAGGGUUCCUGAUUUCCAAAGGAAAUAUGCAAAUGUUUCUAUAAGAACCUUUUAUGUAUUUCUUAUUAUGCCAUUGUUGGCAUUGUUAGAUUCAAACAAGUCAUCUUGUUAGAGAGGUAUUUCAUUUAUCUAUUUAUUCUGUUGAUUCACUGAGACAAAACUACCUUAUUUAUUGUCCUUGUGAUAGCAUACCCUGCAGUGUGCAGUCAUUUGAACUUGAGUAUAUUCUUGUAAUGCAAGGUAGGAGAAGCAUAUGAAGCUGUGAUAGUAACUUUUAACUGUUUUGUAUGCAUUGCUUAACACAAUUCAAGACAGGCGUGUGGACAUGCCUGCAAAGUUUACACGGAUAUACUGGUUCAAAUGAAUCAUGUUAAAUCAUUCUUAAUUCCAUUCUCUUCCACACAACCUCAUCCUUUCAACUGUGAAAGCGUUCUGGGUCGUGUCUGCUGUGCCUUCAGCAUUCGAAGAUCAGUUUUAAAAGAAUUUAACUAUUCAUUGCUGCAGGUAUUAUUAAAACUCAAAUCGCCUUUGGAAUAGUUUUCAAAAUUUUUUGUUUUUCCCUCCCCUCUUCUUUUUAAUUAUUUACUAAAAUAUUGUAUAUCUGUGUGAAGGGUGUGUAACAGUGUGGUAACUUGUUUGUUAUGACAGCGGAGAUAUUUCCUGUGACUGCAAGUCAGUUUAAGUCAAGAGUCUACUGUUUCUCAAACAGUGUGUGUAACAUGGUAUGACAUAAGGGAUGGCAAAAGAAAAAAAUAAAUAUAUCAGCAAUCAUACACUUAAAA